GCCGGGAAGCCAGCGAGGUCGGUUCCGCCCGACUCUGACAUGGCGGCGCCCUUUGUCUGCUGUGAAGUGCCGUCCCCGGCCUUCUCGCGGCCGUGAUGCACCUCCCUCUACAGUGGGGUCCGGGACAUGGCAGGUAAUGAGCUGGAGGAGGAGAGCCAAGCUGGAGUUUACGCAGACACACUGUCAGAAAAGAGUAGCCUGGGCUACUUGGAAAUCUGAGCCAUGGAUUUUCCCCAGCACAGCCAGCACGUCUUGGAGCAGUUGAACCAGCAGCGGCAGCUGGGACUGUUGUGUGACUGCACUUUUGUGGUGGACGGUGUUGACUUCAAAGCCCAUAAGGCAGUUCUGGCGGCCUGCAGCGAGUACUUCAAGAUGCUCUUCGUGGACCAGAAGGAUGUGGUACACCUGGACAUCAGUAACGCGGCAGGCCUGGGUCAGGUGCUGGAGUUCAUGUACACGGCCAAGCUGAGCCUGAGCGCCGAGAACGUGGACGAUGUGCUGGCCGUGGCCGGCUUCCUGCAGAUGCAGGACAUCAUCGCAGCCUGCCAUGCCCUCAAGUCCCUUGCGGAGCCACACGCCAGCCCCGGGGAGAGCGCGGUGGCCUCGGCCACGGAAGGAGGAGACAAGAGAACCAAAGAGGAGAAGGCAGCUGCCCCCAUGCUGAGCGAGCUGGAGCCCACCGGCAGCGGUCCCCCGACGGGCCUGGGCAGGGAGCCUAAGGAGGAGCGCGGUGGCCAGGCUGAGACCACGGCCAGUGGGGCCGAGCAGACGGAGAAGGCUGACGCCCCCCGGGAGCCGCCCCCUGUAGAGCCCAAGCCCGACCCAACGAGUAGCAUGGCAGCCGCAGAGGCAGAGGCUGUGUUGUCAGAGAGCUCGGAGCAAGAAAUGGAGGUGGAGCCGGCCAGGAAAGGAGAAGAGCGGGAGGAGGAGGGUGCGGCCGACGUCAAGGAAGAGGGGCCGCCGCUGGAGAAGGGGGAGGCCCCCGAGGAGAGCGAGGAGUCGGCCAGCACGGACUCGGGCCACGAGCUGGGCCCCGAGGCCCGGGGCCUGCGCUCCGGCACCUACGGCGACCGCACGGAGUCCAAGGCCUACGGCUCCGUCAUUCACAAGUGUGAGGACUGCGGGAAGGAGUUCACACACACCGGCAACUUCAAGCGGCACAUCCGCAUCCACACGGGCGAGAAGCCCUUCUCGUGCCGGGAGUGCAGCAAGGCCUUCUCGGAUCCCGCCGCCUGCAAGGCCCACGAGAAGACCCACAGCCCGCUGAAGCCGUACGGCUGCGAGGAGUGCGGCAAGAGCUACCGGCUCAUCAGCCUGCUGAACCUGCACAAGAAGCGGCACUCGGGCGAGGCGCGCUACCGCUGCGAGGACUGCGGCAAGCUCUUCACCACGUCGGGCAACCUGAAGCGCCACCAGCUGGUGCACAGCGGCGAGAAGCCCUACCAGUGCGACUACUGCGGCCGCUCCUUCUCCGACCCCACGUCCAAGAUGCGCCACCUGGAGACGCACGACACCGACAAGGAGCACAAGUGCCCGCACUGCGACAAGAAGUUCAACCAGGUGGGGAAUCUGAAGGCUCACCUGAAGAUCCACAUCGCCGACGGGCCCCUCAAGUGCCGGGAGUGUGGGAAGCAGUUCACCACCUCAGGGAACCUGAAGCGGCACCUGCGGAUCCACAGCGGGGAGAAGCCGUACGUGUGCGUCCACUGCCAGAGGCAGUUCGCCGACCCCGGCGCCCUGCAGCGGCACGUCCGCAUCCACACGGGCGAGAAGCCGUGCCAGUGCGUGAUGUGCGGCAAGGCCUUCACCCAGGCCAGCUCCCUGAUCGCGCACGUGCGCCAGCACACCGGGGAGAAGCCCUACGUCUGCGAGCGCUGCGGCAAGAGAUUUGUCCAGUCCAGCCAGUUGGCCAAUCACAUUCGCCACCACGACAACAUUCGCCCUCACAAGUGCAGCGUGUGCAGCAAGGCCUUCGUGAACGUGGGGGACCUGUCCAAGCACAUCAUCAUCCACACCGGAGAGAAGCCUUACCUGUGUGACAAGUGCGGGCGUGGCUUCAACCGAGUGGACAACCUGCGUUCCCACGUGAAGACCGUGCACCAGGGCAAGGCGGGCAUCAAAAUCCUGGAGCCCGAGGAGGGGGGUGAGGUCAGUGUGGUCACCGUGGAUGACAUGGUCACGCUGGCCACCGAGGCACUGGCGGCAACGGCCGUCACUCAGCUCACAGUGGUACCAGUGGGGGCCGCGGUGACCGCCGAUGAGACGGAAGUCCUUAAGGCCGAGAUUAGCAAAGCUGUGAAGCAAGUACAGGAGGAAGACCCCAACACCCACAUCCUCUAUGCCUGCGACUCCUGUGGGGACAAGUUCCUGGAUGCAAACAGCCUGGCCCAGCACGUGCGGAUCCACACGGCCCAGGCACUGGUCAUGUUCCAGACGGACGCGGACUUCUACCAGCAGUACGGGCCGGGCAGCGCGUGGCCGGCUGGGCAGGUGCUGCAGGCUGGGGAGCUGGUCUUCCGCCCUCGGGAUGGGGCCGAUGGCCAGCCCGCUCUGGCAGAGACGCCCCCCACAGCCCCUGAAUGUCCGCCGCCUGCUGAGUGAGCAGGCAUCCCUCCUUGUGACUGUUUAUUUAAGGAUGGAUGGCACCCUGGAUCUGAGAGGGGUGGCCCCAUUCCCUAGAGAGAAUAAAUUUGAUUAUUUUCUAAUGCCGCCUAGAGCUCCCUGUGGGGGUGUGGGGGGAGCUGGCAGAGCUGUGGCCAAUGCCACGGAAGGGCUGCUCCACCCAGGGACCGGCCAGCACCGACCUGUUUCCCGGCCAAGCCAGGCUGUCCCUCCCGCAGAAUGGGACUGGUGACUCUGGACCUGUCUGGAAAAAGAACUGGCUUCCUUGUCCUGAGUCAGGGUCUGGGCAGCACGCUUGGGGCCGGAGAGACUGUGGCUCCAUGCACCCCGUCCCCUCAUCCGGUCUCCUCCUUGGGCUUCUCACCUGUUCAGCUUCAGGAUCUGAGCUCCCCUCUCUGCCACGGAGCACAGCUGUGACCCUGCUGUGACCCGGUGGGGUUGGCUUACCAGGAUCCAGGCACCCCAGAGAGCCCAGCUCAGAAGCCCAUUCAGCCAGAGCAAGGUAGGCAGAGAGCCAGGCCCGCCAGGCCACGGGCCCAGAUCUGUUGGGCUUGGGGAAGCAGGAGGGCUUCACACUCGCUUCACAGGAUCAAGGCCAAGCCCGUGCCCCACUCUCCUGGGAACAUUGAUUUGCCCUGAAUCAAUGGGAGUCUGCGACCAGGCUGAGGGUCGGAAACGCAUGGCUAGGAGCUUUGAUGGGGGAGGUGGGGGACACAGCCAGCAGGGGAGAGCAGAUGCCAUCUCUGCCCCUCCGGUUUGCUCUGAGCAGCUAUAAUCCCUCAGAGAGCCCCGUGAUUAUCUCAAGUGAGGCCAUCAACUCUGUGGCCCCUGCCCCCCCCCCGGGCACUGGGCCUAGCUGUGCCUCUGCUGCUGCCCAGGCCAGCCCGCUCCAGACCAGCAGGAGGAAGGGGCAAAGAGGCAAGACACCAAAGUUUGCCUGUGAGGUUUCUGAGUCUGCCUGGCAGGUGGUUCCUCCCCCACCCCAACUCUGAAGUGCCUUCCACGUUACCCGAGAAUAAAUAAGUUCAGUCUGUGGCAGAAACCUCUUGUACGAGAGAACACGACGCUUGGGGAGGAUUAAGUGGCAGGAAGGGAGCAGGUCCCAUGGACAGACUUGGGGAGGGAAAGAGAAGUGGGAUGAGGGCCAGCUGUUCCCGUAAGCAAAGGACCCUUGGUCGUCCCAGUCAAGUGACAAUCACAUCCACACGACGUGUUU